AUGACGGACGACUUGCGCAAUGGAUCCACCAUCCCUUCGCUACAUGUCAUCGACUUUUCUUCCCGUCUACACUCUGAAACGCCGUCCAAACGUAUCAACGAUGGCGACGACCUUUCAUUUUUCUUGCGAAGCUCUGCCUACGCCGAUAUCAUGACCUGGAUUCUUCAAUUGAAUCGCUCCAUGAUCCCUGUGAAGCGUGCAGACGAUUCACAUACUGUCGAGACAUGGCCUCUGAGGUCGUCCGCCAUCACAUUCUCCCCCGAAGUGGCCAAGUUGAGAAAUCUUAUCCACUCGCUCGAGGCUCUGAUGGACGAGGCACCUCCAGAGUCUGGCCCUCGACGAUUCGGUAAUGCUGCCUUUCGUACCUGGCACAGGGCUGUUCAGGAAGCCACUCCAUCUCUUUUGCGAGACGCCCUCCCGGAGAAGCUGUGGGGCCGUGCUCAAGGCGACGCCGAGCUGAACUCACUUAAUAACGAGUUGGCUGCAUACCUGUUGGGUAGCUUUGGAAGUCCCGAGAGACUUGACUAUGGUACCGGGCAUGAGCUGAGCUUUCUUGCCUUCUUGGCUUGUGUAUGGAAGUUGGGAGGCUUCGCGCAAUCCGAACGUGGUAUGGAGGAAAGAGGCAUUGUCACUGCUAUCAUACAGCCUUAUCUGGAGCUUGUUCGCAAGCUUAUCCUGACCUAUACUCUUGAGCCUGCCGGUUCACACGGGGUAUGGGGACUCGAUGACCAUUCAUUCAUACCAUAUGUUCUAGGUUCGGCUCAGUACUGUGCACCUAUCGACAAAGACUCGAUCAAGGUGCCCAAUGAGGGCUCCCUUUCCCGUUCGCCAGCAGCAAAUCGAACAGCCAAGAGCGACUCGGUCGAUAUGUACAAAGACACCAACAUGUACUUCUCCGCGAUUGCCUUCAUCUUUGAUGUCAAAACGGGCCCCUUCUGGGAGCACAGUCCUACCUUGUUUGACAUUUCCGGUAUCAAGGAUGGAUGGGCCAAGAUCAACAAGGGGAUGAUUAAGAUGUACAAUGCCGAGGUUCUUUCCAAGUUUCCUGUCAUUCAGCACUUUCCAUUUGGUUCUCUGUUCAGAUGGGAGCAAGAUCCAAGUGCUCCGAUGUCUGUAGCAUCUGCUCACAUAGGUUCUCAGCCAAGGCCAUCAAAUUCAUCCAGCACCAAUAAAACGACUUCUGCCCAGCCUUCCAUGAGAGCGCCAUGGUCAGGUACGGCAGGACUAAUGUCGGCAACGCCUGUCACGGCCGCGCCAAGGGCAGCGACCGGGCCAUCAUUUGCAGCAAACGGCGCAAGAGCACCAUGGCCGAGAGGUCCGCCAGGCUCUAACCGGCCAGCUUGA